GACGCUCAUACGCCAAGUACGCCAACAUGCCUGCCGAGUUCGCUCUCCGCACCAGUUUCAUCCCGCCGCUGCUCUACGCCAUACAGGGCUCGUCCAAGCAUCUCGUCAUAGCGCCCGUGUCAGUCAUCUCGCAGCUGCUCGGCACGUCCGUCAGCGCUCUCGCCAACCCCGCCACCGACCCGGCGCUCUACACCAGCCUCGUUGUCACCGCCACCUUCUUCUGCGGCCUCUUCCAACUCAUCAUGGGGCUGUGCAGGUUCGGAUUUCUGGUGGACUUCCUGAACCAGCCAACCAUCGUGGGGUUCCUGUCGGGCUGUUCCCUCACCAUAGCCAUCCAGCAGCUGAAGCUCAUCCUGGGGUACAAGGACUUCACACUCAGCACCAGCAUCGUCAACAUCAUUGCUGCCAUAGUGCAGUACAGCUACCAGUUCCAGUGGAAGGCAUUCGUCAUGGGCAUAUCCUUCUUCCUCUACCUCUCCACAGUGCGCCUGCUGGUGUACCUGAAACCCAAGAACAAGGUGUUUUACUACCUCAAAGCGCUCGGCCCGCUCACAUCCAUCCUCAUCUCAACCAUCAUCGUGGCAGCUGCAGGGCUGGCAGACAAAGGCAUCCCCACUAUAGGAAAGAUUUCCACGGGGCUGCACGGGGCCUCCUCCAUAUCUUAUCUCAAUUUCUCGCGGGAGAAUGUUGCUGAUGUGGCCACAGUAGGCUUCAUCGCCUGCCUUGUCUCCCUUGCGGAGUCUGUGGGAAUCGCCCGUACCUUUGCCAGCCUAUAUGGUUACCACCUCGACGGUAACAAAGAGAUGGUGGCGUUUGGUUCAAUGAACCUGGUCGGUUCGUUCACCUCAUGCUAUGUGGCAACAGGUUCCUUUUCCCGCACGGCAGUGAACAUGCUAGCAGGCGCCAAGACAGCACUCACGCAAGUCAUCAUGGCGCUCCUCAUUCUGCUCGUGCUGCUCGUCGCCGCCCCGCUCUUCAAAAACGUCCCCAAUUGUGUGGUUGGAGCAGUCAUUGCCAACGCUGCCUUGAACUUGCUCGACUUCCAUGCAGCGUGGGCCCUCUGGAAAGUAGACAAAAUGGAUUUUCUGGUCAUGUCGGGCUGCUUCCUCGCCAUCCUCUUCGGCUCCCCCGAGAUCGGCCUUCUCGUCGCCAUCCUGCUCUCCCUCAUCAAAAUCCUCCUGCGCUCCCUCCGCCCGCACAUCCGCCUGCUCGGCCUCCUCCCCAACGCCGCCGCUACAGCCGUGAGCGUGCUGCAGUUCCCCAACAGUGCGCUGUGCGAGGGGAUUGUGAUGCUGAGGGUGGAGAGCCCGCUGUAUUUCCCCGGAGCGAAUUUUGUGCGCCAGCGGGUGAAGAAGCUCUGUGACGCGUACGCAAGGGGAUACCAGCAACCAGUCAAGCAUUGUGUGUUGGACCUAUCGGUCAUGCAUGACAUAGAUGUGACGGCCAUAGAAGCCAUGAGGGACCUGCACCGCGACCUCACACAGAUGGGCAUCCAGCUUUGCCUGGCGAGUGCCAACAGGGACGUGCUGAGGAAGAUGUUUGACGCACAGCUGUUAGCAGAGAUAGGCGAGCAGUGGCUCUUCGUCACUCCUGCAGAUGCCGUCAAGCUGUGCCGUGCCGUGGCGCUCUCUCAGCCUGCUGCCAAGGAGACCGAGGAGCUGCUGAACACUGUACCGUCGUUUGAUAUUUAG